GCUCUCACUGUGAUCGCCCUCAGGAGGUGGACGCAGCUUCGAGCGACUUUUAUUCUCUCUCUCAUUCUCCUACAUCAUUUUUACCAAGAGGAGCUUUGUGUCAGGUGUUUUUUUUCCCCCUGCUCGAUAAGUUUUGUUGAUGGUGAUCCACAGCGGACAGUGAAACGGCGAUGGCAGACUCUGACGCGCAGGAGACUCGCCAACCCGCAAAGGACUCGCCGUUCUCCAUAAAGAACCUGCUCAACAUCGAGGACAAGCCCGCGAAGCCGAAGAGCUUCCUCGGCUCGUCCAGAGGAGUGUUCGAGGGCAGCUUCUUCUCGCGGCUCGGCGACUUGUCGUUCCCCCGGUUCGAGCUGCCCCCACAGAGGAUUGGACUCUCGGGGCAGUAUUUGGAGAGAGCGGCUACCUGGUGGUACCCAUACACGCUCGGGGCUCAUCUGAGGACCGGAGGGUCUGAGAAGACAAGCAUAAGAGAGGCAUCCCCGGCACCGGACAGGCGCUCGCCGGAUCUCCAGAAGAGCGACGCAGAUGUCAAGGAGGAAAGCGUCGAUGACGACGACGUCACGCUGGAUGAGAGCGACGCGGAGGAGCCGAAGAGGGACCUGGACCAGGGGGAGGACGAGUGGAGGAAAAAAACGGAUGAGCUGGACGCCGAGGGCAAGAAGCACUGUCGCAAGAAGAAGACGCGCACGGUGUUCUCCAGGAGCCAGGUCUUCCAGCUGGAGUCCACCUUCGACAUCAAGCGCUACCUGAGCAGCUCGGAGCGCGCGGGCCUCGCCGCGUCGCUGCACCUGACGGAGACGCAGGUGAAGAUCUGGUUCCAGAACCGCAGGAAUAAGUGGAAGAGGCAGCUGGCCGCCGAGCUGGAGGCGGCCAACCUGAGCCACGCGGCGGCGCAAAGGAUUGUGCGGGUGCCCAUACUUUACCACGAGCACGGUGCCCCGGAGUCGACCGGGGGCCCCGCGGCAAACUCACCGGGCGGCCAGUCGAUCCUGGCUUUCCCCCACCACAUGUACUAUUCCCACCCGGUCCCGCUGCUGAGGCCCGUUUAACACCGACUGGGCGGCACGAGCUGUACAUAUGUUUUUAAACGAGACUGAGCCUCAGUGAAAAAAAGGGAAAAUACCAUUUUGUAUAUUUUGUAGAUUCAUUGGACACAAUGUUAGGUCACAUUAUUAUUAUAAUUAUAAUUAUAAUAAUUAUUAUUAUUAUUAUUAUUAUUAUUAUUAUUAAGGCCUGUUAUUUGUAAUCACCUGCUGAAGAGAGUCCCUAUUACGGCCAAAGGGACACUUGAAAAUGGUUAUUAUUAAAUGAUUAUUAUUAUUAGUGAAAUCAUUAGGGCUUGAGUAACGUUGGUUAUUUCAUUUGGGGAAUGAUACAGGGUUUACUGUCCAUAUGUAUUUUAAAAGAGAUGUGUGUCAGUGUGCGUAGCAAAAACAAUGUGGAAUUUUAAUAUUUUGACCUUUUCUAAUGUUGUGCAAUACUUUUGGCUUGACAUUGUCCCCUAUAGUUUACUUUUGCAGGAAAAAAAACUAUCCUUUUCUCUUUGUAAUGUCAUAGUGAGGACAAUCAUGUGAUCCUUAAAAAAAAUACCCCAAAAAGCUGCAGGUGUUAUAGGCAAUUGUUUUUAAGGAUGCAAUGAUUUUUAAGCCAUGAAAGAGCCAAAUAUCCUGUGUUUUUGUGUAUGAGUUUUCCUCUGAUAUUGUUAUGAAAUUCUGUAUAUUAUAUGGUCUCACACUCAGUAAAG